UGACUCUCGCCGGACUCUUUUUUGGAGCGUGUUCCGGUAUUACAUUCAAAAUGUAAACUGUUUAGAAUAGUGUUAUGAACAUCUUUCAUUCAAUCGCAGCUGUGGCGCUUCCUUGUGAAACCCUGAAUGUCUGAGACAGAACAUUUCCACUGUUCUGUUGUCGGUCAAACCCCUACAUGCUAACGCGAGAUGCUAAUGUUAGCUCACCAAGAGUCUAUGAACAGCCUGAAGUUGUGGCGGAGUCCAGAUGACAGGGUGGGACAGAGGUGAGGACAUGGGUUCUGUCCGGUGGGCUUUUCGCUGUGGGUCGUGGACACCGAGCAGAUGCGACUGGCUUUUCGCUGCUCGUUGCAUCCAGAGAGAGGAAAAAGACAGAAUCGGACAGUUUGUGUUUGCCAAAGAUGCGAAAUCAGCCAUGGCUGGCAGGUUGUUGCUCAGGAGGUUUGUCUGUGAGAGGAUGGGGGUCCCAUGGUCAGAGAUCAGACUGGAGCGAUCUCCCAGAGGGAAACCUUACCUGGCAGCACCGCUGAAGGUCAGUUCAGAUUCAGGUCAGGCCUGGAGUUUCAACAUCUCCCACCAGGGGGACUAUGCUGUGCUUGCUGCAGAGCAGGGUGUGCAGGUGGGAGUGGAUAUCAUGAAGACCACCAUGCCAGGUAGCAGCUCUGUGCCGGAGUUUUUCCGCAUCAUGACUCGUCAGUUUACAGUGUAUGAGUGGAGUGUCAUCCAAUCAGCUGGCGCAGAGCACCAGCAGCUCGCCGCGUUCUACCGCCACUGGGCCCUGAAGGAGAGCUUCAUCAAAGCCAUCGGCACAGGUCUGGGCUUCAACCUGCAGAGGGUAGAGUUUCACCUGUCCUCUGAACCACUCACACAGGGCCAGGCACUGCGCCAGACGAAGAUGCAUCUAGAUGAGGAUGAAGAAGAGGACUGGAUAUUUGAAGAGAGCUUGCUGGAUGCUGACCAUCAUGUUGCUGUAGCACUCAGCCCAGGAGACAAACCAGAUUCACCUCAUCCUUCAUCUCUUCCUCGUCCCACCACAUUUGCGCUGCUGUCAUUCAGCGACCUCAUCUCCUCGGCCUCACCUCUGACAGAGGAGGACCCCGCCUACUGGGACAGCUUCAAGAUGAAGGCUGAAGCUCCACAGAGACAGACAGAGAUGCACACAUCCAAAUAACCAUCUGACACAUACCUGCCAUAUACAGACACACACAUACGCAUUCAUACUUCAGAAGUGCCAAAAAAAGAAACACUGGUACACUGACAGUGAAGCUGCUUUCUCAUUCAACACAAGUCCAGUCAAGUCCAAGCCAAAAGUCGAAGUUUGUCGUGCAGAGCGUGCAUAGUAUGUAUGAUAAGUAAUAUGAAUUAAUAGAUAAAUAAAUUGUGAUACAUUUAUUUUAAUCAAAUCUCAAUGUGGUCAUGGAUGCAAAGAUCAAAUAAAGAUUAAAACAACAAAGCAAUUUCUGUGCAGGGUGUUGGUGAAAGAAACAAUAAUAUAAAACAAUAGAGCUGGACAACUAAUCAGUAUUACUUAAAAGAAUUCAGUGGAAUUUCAUAUCAUGAUCAUAUUGGGUUAUCCUCUUUCAAACUUCUGUCAUCCCAGUUAUUCCUUUCAAGCAAAAUAUAAUUCAAAACAAAACAAAAAAGCAAAAGCUUUUUAGCCUAAC